AAGCUGCUCCAGCACCGCCUGAUGGCUCCUUCGAUCCACCAAAUUUUACACACCUGCUGAUCCGCGUAGAAAUGGAUCGGAUCAUCGGCCGCUUUCACCAAUGCGUCGCAGAGGAGAAUGGAACUGAGCUCGCCAAGAUAUUCAGUACCAAGGCUCCCGCUUCCAGCCCUAAUUUCUUCUACGAUCUCCGCCGAGCGUCAAACGCACAGCACAUUGACGGAGAGAUUCACUACAGUCUCACGCCCCGGAACGGCUUUUCGUUCGACAGUGCAGAAGUGAAUGCCUGGGCAGAGGUCUUUGUCAACUAUUGGAAAGCAGUGGGCGAGUUCAUAGGCUUGGAAGAAAGCACAGAUCGAGGGGAACUAAAAGAUGGACAGUAUGGCGAGGUCUACGAUGUGUGGAAGGCGUUUACCAACAGUCUCAUCAAAUACCACAGCUCGAGCGUCUUGCCAUUCUGGACGAUUCCUUGCCUUUACACGGCUCUAACGGAUUUGCGGACCUAUGCAAUUAAGGCAGAUGAGCAGAGCGUUAACGCAAAAGGAAGCAUCAAUUUCAGCACGGGCCUUCAAGACGACAUUGUCAGCUCCGUUGGCAAAAAUGAGAAACUAGAGGAUUAUGCUAGGGUGUUGAAUAGGGUGUUCAACAUGUGCCUUCAGGACAGGGCUCCCGUUGAGUACUCCCGAAAAUGGGGUACAUACUUCACUGCGAACUUGAUGUUCAAGACUUACUUCAAGCUAAACGCCGUCAGCCUAUCUAAGAAUAUGGUGCAAGCGAUCAAUGCUCAGUUUGACAUGCCAUCACUCUAUAGAUUCCCCAGAUCAGAAAUAGUCACGUUUAAGUACUACAUUGGAGUCAUGACAUUCCUUCGAGAGGACUAUGUACAGGCAGAGCAGAACCUGACAGAAGCCUGGCAGUUGUGUCACAAGAGCGCAUACAAGAAUCAUCAGCAGAUUCUCACGUAUUUGAUUCCUUGUCGACUUAUCACCACUCACAAACUUCCGACUUCCGAACUGUUGUCGCCGUACCCACGCCUCCAAGCUCUGUUUGGUCCUAUUGCAGCCUGCAUUAGGAAAGGUGAUCUGGCUGGCUUUGACGCUGCACUGUUCGCAGGAGAAGUCGAAUUUGUCAAGCGCCGCAUCUACCUGACUCUGGAACGUGGCCGAGACAUUGCACUCCGGAAUCUCCUCCGCAAAGUAUUCCUAGCAGGCGGCUACGAACCACUGAAGGAAGGCCAGACAGAGGCAGACCUAAUUCGGAGAACGCGGAUACCCAUAGCCGAGUUUGCGGCUGCGAUUCGAAUGGGGCUGGGGGCUGACGGGAAGCUGCUGGAGGACGACGAGGUUGAGUGCAUGCUUGCGAACAUGAUAUACAAGAACCUCAUGAAGGGUUACAUCUCUCGCGAACGAGCCAUGGUCGUGCUGAGCAAGACCGCUGGCAUGGCGUUCCCAGGAACAGGGGUCUGAUGCGUAGCCCACAACGCAUCGCUGAACAUCUCCCAAUGGAGCCGCUCUCCAGCAGCUCCUCGCAUUGCUACUGGCCGCCGGCAGCAAGCAUACUCGGUAUACAGAAAUCAAAAAGAAUCCGGCUAUGUACCACCAACAUGCAAUACAUCUGAUUCAUCCAAUCCCCCCAUCGCCCCGAUCCAGCCUCGACUGAUUGCACACA